AUGACGACGAGGGAGCCGCCCCGCGGCCUUGCCGCGGCCCGCCUCGCGGCUGCCAACGCGGGCGACGUUGCCGGCACGUGCGGCGCCCUCAAAAUGCCUCGGGCUCUGGACACCGCGGCGCGGCUCGCGCUCGCCCUCGCGGUUUCCGCGCUCAUCGCCGCGCUGCUGCCGCCGCUGCUGCGCGCCCUGACGGCCCGCCUCCGCCGCGCGGGCCUGCUGCCGCCCGCCGCGGCCCCGGCGCGCGCGCCGCCCCCGCCGCUGCGGCGCGCCGUGGUGCUGCAGAUGCUGCACCGCGGCUGUACGAUAGAGCUGACAGCAGCGGAGGCCUUCCUGCUGACCGCGAUUUGUGAAGGCCUCGAGGCCUCCCGCCGCGCGCUGCGCGCGUGCGUGGGCGCCGCGGGCACGCGCGCGCUCGUCGAGGCGUGCUGGCGGAAGGGGGCCGGGUGGUGCGUCUGCAGGCGGCCGCCGGACGGCGACUGGCUUUUCGGCGACGACGACUGA